AUGUUUGCAUUUGAUAUUUUUGGUGUGUUGUGAAUAAAAACACUUCACGAUUGUUUCAGAAUAGUUAAAGACAAUGAGAUUCCAAUGAAACUAAAAGAAUUUAUUUCAGUGGAUGUCAUUUAUCAAAAGAAUUAUUGAAAACAAGUGUAUUUUUCUAUGAUCAUCAAAAUUCAGCGUGAAUUUAGUUCACCGCCUUAUUUAUUCUCGUUGGUAGAACUUCAAUUGGCAUUGUCUGUCGUGUUUUGCGAGAGUUCAAAGGGACUGACUUUAAAGCGACCAAUUUCAAAGAGACACAGACCUGUGUCGGAAGAUCCAAUCGUAGCAGCACUCAGUCUUACAGUCUAUCGUCAUGGAAGCGUGUUACAAAUGUGGACGAUGUUACUCAUUCGUGCGCGAAUCGGAUAUAAAAAAUCAUCAUGCGAAAUUACAUACUGAUAUUCCCUACGAAGACUUUAAGAAUGAAUACUUUAUUUACCGUAAACCAUACUACGAAUGCGACUACUGUUCAUGUCGAUUGACAAAGAAACAGAUCAAAAAACAUUAUAAGUACGGACAUCCAAAUAUAAAUUUAUUUGAAAAAGAAUCGUUGGAAUCCAUAUUUGAGGCAAUAAGUAGUGAGUCAGAAGAAAAACCUGUUAGUAAGAAGAAAAAAAAAGCGAAAACAUCGACGGAAUCGGUCAAUAAAAAUAGUCGCAAACAAUUGUCGGAUGACGAGCCUCGGCCUAGUAUGAGAGGUUCACCCACCCAGGUCAUUCGCAAUAAGGACACACAAUUGGCGAAUGAUAACUCAACUAAAGUAUUGGACAACCAUGAUGAGCUGUUUGACACUGUAAGCAUCGAAUCACAUACCGACAAUAUUGAGAUGAGAGAAGCAUCUAAAUCACCAGUGAAAAUAACCGCGGACAAAGAAACACAAACAGAUCCAAUGGAAUUGGAGAAAACACAAGCACCUUCAAUGAAAGAGUGCCCAGAAUUGAGUGCAGAGGUUGAAACUGUUGGCGACCACCGAUUUGGGUUAUUGGUUUUGAAUUUUUAAUACAAAUAGAUCUAAAGAAACGAUUAUGAGUUUGAAGUAUUAUUAUUUGCAUUCACAGUAUCACUUGCUAGAAUUUGAAGUAAUUUUUUUUAUUAGCGAAAAUAUUUAUAUAAUUUUAUGACAUA